CCCGGGCGGGGCGUUUGGUUUCGUUUCUGCACCGACUGGAAUUAGUGUCGACGGUCAAAAUGGGAGUCCCCAAGUUUUACCGAUGGAUCUCGGAGCGAUACCCCUGCCUCAGCGAAGUGGUGAAGGAGCAUCAGAUUCCUGAAUUUGAUAACUUGUACCUGGAUAUGAAUGGAAUUAUACAUCAAUGUUCCCAUCCUAACGAUGAUGAUGUUCACUUCAGAAUUUCAGAUGACAAAAUCUUUACUGAUAUUUUUCACUACUUGGAGGUGUUGUUUCGAAUUAUUAAACCUAGGAAAGUGUUCUUUAUGGCUGUUGACGGUGUGGCUCCUCGAGCAAAAAUGAACCAGCAACGUGGGAGGCGUUUUAGGUCAGCCAAGGAGGCAGAAGACAAAAUUAAAAAGGCAAUAGAAAAGGGAGAAACACUUCCUACAGAAGCCAGAUUCGAUUCCAACUGUAUUACGCCAGGGACUGAAUUCAUGGCCAGGUUGCAUGAACAUCUGAAGUAUUUUGUAAAUAUGAAAAUUUCCACAGACAAAUCAUGGCAAGGUGUUACCAUCUACUUCUCAGGCCAUGAGACUCCUGGAGAAGGAGAGCAUAAAAUCAUGGAAUUUAUCAGAUCCGAGAAAGCAAAGCCAGAUCAUGAUCCAAACACCAGACAUUGUCUUUAUGGCUUAGAUGCUGACUUGAUCAUGCUUGGAUUAACAAGUCACGAGGCACAUUUUUCUCUCUUAAGAGAAGAAGUUCGGUUUGGUGGAAAAAAAACACAAAGGGUAUGUGCACCAGAAGAAACGACGUUUCACCUCCUACACUUGUCUUUAAUGAGAGAGUAUAUUGAUUAUGAAUUUUCAGCAUUAAAAGAAAAGAUCACAUUUAAAUAUGAUAUUGAAAAAAUUAUAGAUGAUUGGAUUUUGAUGGGAUUUCUUGUUGGCAAUGAUUUUAUCCCUCAUCUACCUCAUUUACAUAUUAAUCAUGAUGCACUGCCUCUUCUUUAUGGAACAUAUAUUGCUAUCCUGCCAGAACUUGGAGGUUAUAUUAAUGAAAGUGGACAUCUCAACUUACCUCGAUUUGAGAGAUACCUUGUGAAGCUGUCAGACUUUGAUCGAGAACACUUCAGCGAAGUUUUUGUGGACCUCAAGUGGUUUGAAAGCAAAGUUGGUAACAAGUAUCUCAAUGAAGCAGCAGGUGCGGCAGCAGAAGAAGCAAAGAGCUGCAAGGACAAGAGAAAAGUAAAGGGCCAGGAAAAUUCUUUAAGUUGGGCUGCAUUAGACAAAAGAGAAGGUGAAGGAGUAGCUUCUAGAGAUAAUUUUGAAGAUGAGACUGAAGAUGAUGAUCUGUUUGAAACUGAAUUUAGACAAUAUAAAAGAACAUACUACAUGACGAAGAUGGGGGUCGAUGUAGUAUCUGAUGAGUUUCUGGCUGAUCAAGCUGCCUGUUAUGUUCAGGCUAUACAGUGGAUCUUACACUAUUACUAUCAUGGAGUCCAGUCCUGGAGCUGGUAUUACCCCUAUCAUUACGCACCCUUCCUGUCUGAUAUCCGCAAUAUCAGUACACUCAAGAUUCACUUUGAACUGGGCAAGCCCUUCAAGCCGUUCGAGCAGCUCCUCGCUGUGCUUCCGUCAGCCAGUAAGACUUUGCUUCCCACAUGCUACCAGCAUUUGAUGACCAGCGAAGACUCGCCAAUUAUAGAAUAUUAUCCACCUGAUUUUAAAACUGAUCUAAAUGGAAAACAACAGGAAUGGGAAGCCGUGGUAUUAAUACCCUUUAUUGAUGAGAAGCGAUUGUUGGAAGCCAUGGAGACAUGUAACCACUCCCUCAAGAAGGAAGAAAGGAAGAGAAACCAACACAGUGAGUGCCUAAUGUGCUGGUAUGAUAGCGACACAGAGUUCACCUACUCCUCUCCAUGGCCAGAAAAGUUCCCUGCCAUAGAACGCUGCAGUACAAGGUAUAAAAUAAUAUCAUUAGAUGCUUGGCGCGUAGACAUAAACAAGAACAAAAUAACCAGGGUUGACCAGAAGGCAUUAUAUUUCUGUGGAUUCCCUACUUUGAAACACAUCAAACAUAAAUUUUUUUUGAAGAAAAGUGGUGUUCAAGUAUUCCAGCAGAGUAGUCGUGGUGAAAACAUGAUGUUGGAAAUCACAGUGAAUGCAGAACCAGAUGAACUCAGUAUAGAGAACAUAGCUUCAUCUGUGCUGGGAAAGUCAGUCUUUGUUAACUGGCCUCAUCUUGAAGAAGCUAGAGUUGUGGCAGUAUCGGAUGGUGAAACUAAGUUUUAUAUGGAAGAACCUCCAGGAACACAGAAGGUUUAUUUGGGAAAAACUGCUCCACCAUGUAAAGUCAUCCAACUUUCAGAUAAAGAACAAUCGAACUGGACUAAAGAAAUACAAGGAAUUUCAGAACAAUAUCUAAGAAGAAAGGGAAUAAUGAUAAAUGAAACAUCUGCUGUUGUAUAUGCUCAGUUGCUCACAGGUCGUAGAUAUCAAGUCAAUCAGAAUGGUGAAGUUCGUCUAGAAAAACAGUGGUCAAAACAAAGUCUUCCUUUUGUUUAUCAAACUAUUGUUAAGGAUGUCCGAGCUUUUGACUCUCGUUUCUCCAAUAUCAAAACACUGGAUGAUUUGUUUCCCCCCAGAAGUGUGGUGUUUAUGCUUGGGACUCCUUAUUACGGCUGCACUGGAGAAGUUCAGGACUCGGGUGAUGUGAUAACAGAAGGUAGGAUUCGUGUGGUUUUCAGCAUUCCAUGUGAACCAAACCUUGAUGCUUUAAUACAGAAUCAGCAUAAAUACUCUAUAAAGUACAACCCAGGAUAUGUGUUGGCCGGUCGCCUUGGAGUGAGUGGAUACCUUGUUUCAAGGUUUACAGGAAGUAUUUUUAUUGGAAGAGGAUCUAGGAGAAACCCUCAUGGAGACCAUAAAGCAAAUGUGGGUUUAAAUCUCAAAUUCAACAAGAAAAAUGAGGAAGUCCCUGGCUAUACGAAGAGAGUCGGGAGUGAGUGGAUGUACUCGUCGGCGGCCGAGCAGCUACUUGCCGAGUACAUAGAGAGAGCACCAGAACUGUUUAGUUACAUAGCACAGAACAGCCAAGAGGAUGUGUUCUAUGAGGACGACAUCUGGCCUGGAGAGAGUGAGAGCGGGGCCGAGAAAGUUCAAGAAAUCAUUACUUGGCUGAAAGGACAUCCUGUCAGUACUCUGUCUCGGUCUUCCUGUGACUUACACAUUCUGGAUGCAGCCAUUGUUGAAAAAAUCGAGGAAGAAGUUGAGAAGUGCAAGCAAAGAAAGAACAACAAGAAAGUCCGAGUGACAGUGAAGCCUCACUUGCUGUUCAGACCUCUAGAGCAGCAACACGGAGCCAUUCCUGAUCGGGAUGCUGAGUUCCGCCUCUUUGAUCGCGUUGUAAACGUGAGAGAGAACUUCUCGGUGCCAGUCGGCCUUCGCGGCACCAUCAUUGGAAUUAAAGGGGCUAAUAGAGAAGCUGAUGUGCUAUUUGAAGUAUUAUUUGAUGAGGAAUUUCCUGGAGGCUUAACAAUAAGGUGCUCACCUGGUCGGGGAUACCGACUGCCAACAAGUGCCUUAGUGAACCUUUCUCAUGGGAGUCGCUGUGAAACUGGAAACCAGAAGUUGACAGCCAUUGUGAAACCACAGCCAGCUGUGAGUCACUGUAGCGUAAACUCAUCAGUUUCCUCUGGGCACAUGGGAGGCCUCAACCACUCUCCUCAGUCACUCUUUCUUCCUACUCAAGUACCUACAAAAGGUGAUGAUGAAUUUUGCAACAUUUGGCAAUCUCUACAGGGAUCUGGAAAAAUUCAACACUUGCAGCCAACGGUACAAGAGAAGAAUUUUAACUUUCAGGGUGCAGUUCUACCUCAAGAAAUAAGUCAAGUAACUGAAUCUCAUAAAUCUGGCUUUAACGACCAUAGUGUCAGACAUCAGCAAAGAAAACAUGACCCUCACCGAAAAUUUAAGGAAGAAUAUAAGAGUCCUAAAGCGGAGUGUCAGAAUCAAAAGUUGUCUAAUAAACAGACUUCCGGAGCGUCUGCCAGAUGUAAUAUUAAACUAUUGAAGAGAAAUGAAAGUCCAGGAACUUCAGAAGCCCAGAAGGUUGUAACCAGUUACCCAAAUGCAGUUCAUAAGCCUCACUCUGGAAUUGAGAGCUUUUUAGCAUCUUUGAAUAUCUCUAAGGAAAGUGAAGUACAAUUACCUCAUGGAGAGCCUCCAGAUGAGGCACAUCUGUCACCGCAGUCCUUUGCUAUGAAAGGAACACGGAUGCUUAAAGAAAUUCUGAAAAUUGAUAGCCCUGACACAACAGACAGUAAGAAUGAUGUGAAAAAAUUUGAUAAUGAAGUCAUGGUUUCUUCUAGUAGAAGAGAUGAACAUGGACCCUCAUCACAUCCUAAGCCAAGUAAGAAGCUGGCAAGCCAUGUGAGCCAGCCUCACAGUACUAAUGAAUACCAGAGUGUGGACAGUGUGUGCUGGCCAGGCCACAUGCCUCCUGUGUCCACACCAGUUACUGAACUCUCUCGAAUUUGUUCCCUUGUUGGAAUGCCACAACCGGAUUUCUCCUUUCUGCGGACAACACAGACAAUGACAGUUUGUCAGGUGAAGUUGUCUAAUGGCUUGCUGGUGCAUGGGCCUCAGUGCCACUCUGAGAGUGAGGCCAAGGAAAGAGCCGCACUGUUUGCUUUACAACAGCUGGGCUCCUUGGGUGUGAAUUUUCCUUUGCCUCCACCAAUAUUUACAAAUUAUCCUCCUGCGGUACCACCUGGAGCUGUCCCGCCUGUCUUUCCCCAACCUACUGCUAAUAUGAUGCCUUCAUCGUCUCAUCUCUUUGGCUCAGUGCCAUGGAGACCACCAGUGCCAGUUCCUGGGAAUGCCUACCACUAUCCUUCAUAUCCUGCGACCAUGCCCUUGGCUGGAGGAAUGCCAGGUGGAGUGCACAAUCAGUUCAUACCUCUGCAGGUUACAAAAAAAAGAGUUGCAAACAAAAAGAAUUUUGAGAAUAAGGAGGCCCAGAGUUCUCAAGCCACACCACUUCAGACUAACAAGCCAGGGUCUUCUGAAGCCACCAGAAUGACUCCACAAGAAGGUUCACCAGCGUCUUCAGCGUCCUCUCAGGCUACCCAGCCUGUGUCUUCUCACGUUGAAACUGCAUCCCAAGGCCAUGUUGUGUCCCACCAGAGGUCAGCUCCAAGCUCCUCAAGAAGGAAAUCAAGAAAAUUGGCUGUCAACUUUAGUGUUUCUAAACCUUCUGAAUAAAUUUGGUACCUGGGAAUUUAUUUCUUUUAUCUCCAUCUACCUUUUGAUAAAUUGAUAUCUAUGUAUCAAAAAUGUACUAUUUUAGGAUGUUAGAUUUGAUAUUUUUUAUUUUUAAGUUAUUAGGCACUUUUCAUGCUAUUUAAGACUAUAUAUCAAAUUGUGCACUUUAAAUAUGUGCAAUUUGUUGUACAUCAGUGAUACCUCAAUAAAGCUGUAAAAAAGAGAAAAUUAAAUCUUGUAUUAAAAUAAAUAUCAAAGUGGUAAUAACCUAUGAACAUCGUGCUUGAGAGGCUGAGACAGAAGGAUUGCCAUGUAUUCAGGGUUAGCCAGGGCCUACAUACUGAGUUCCUGGCCGGCCUGAGACCUUGCUUCAAAACCCAAAACCUACAGUGACUAUGAGUGGGCUAAGCGCUAAGAUGUACCACUCCAACCAUUGGCUUCCACAUGGGGUCCUUGGACGAUAAACUAGUCAUUGACCUGAUAACAAGCUUUUUUACACUAUUAUUGAGGGAUAACUAAAUGCAGCAUGAAUUAGGCCUCGUAAUUUCCUAAUGUGGGUUUUAUUUGUUUGUAAUGAUGGAGCUACAUGACUGGAGAGUACUCUGUUCAGGGCAGUCUGAGGCCACAGUCAGGCCCUCAGAUGCUGCAGAGCCAGCACGCGCCGCCAUGGAGCUGGCUGUGGAGCUCUGCUGCUUUGUUCUAACUCUUGUACCAAAGCAACUUCAGAAGACUCCAGAGCAUUUGUCUGACUGCUUCAAACUAGGAAUAGCAAUCUAGAGUUGAAAAAUAACGAAUUUUUUAGACUAUUCAAGAACCAGCAUUCAGAAUUUGUAACCUUUGAGGAAUAAAAGCAUUAUAAAAUAAAUAAAAUUAAGUUUCAAAAUCUACAGGGUACAGUGAUUAUAAAUCAGUCUUUAAAUAGAGUACAGUACAGGACAUUAAUCACUGUUCUUUUUCAGGCUUCUUGGGUUAUAUUUGUUUUGUUGAUUUUCUCCUUAGAGACUGGGUCUUGCUGUGUAGUCCUGGCUGGCCUGGUGCUCAUGGCAACCCUCCACAUUCUGAGAUCCCAGCCGUGCAUCCCCACACCCCUCGUGUGGCUUUUCUCUGCUUACUUCACAUAUGUGAAAACCAAUUGUGCAUCUAUGUGUAGAGCUUCCUGGGACUGGUAAAAAUGUAAACUUUUUAAAAAUUCCAAGAUGUCUUUUUUGUGUGGACAUUAUCUACUGCCUGUCCCAUUCUGGCUGUGCAUUUUAGCACCUGUGAACUGCUCGGAGAUGCCACAUUUUGUCUCUGCAUGUCAUCAUGGACGUGUGUUUUUCACACUGUUGAAAUGAUUUAGAAUUUUUUAAAUUUUCUCAAGGACAUCAGGGCGUGCAUUUGUAUAUAACAUAUAUUUAUCUUUUAGUUUUGUGAUAUGCUUAUAUUUUUAAAAGAGUAAAAUGAUCAUACUUUUUAAAAAGUAGGAGCCAGUCUUUAUAUGGAGCUGCCUAUUGUGUGUGAUUUACUUUAGGUCAUUGAAAACUCUGCCAUGAGUCUAAGAUAGUCUUACUGUGUUUUAAAACGCUGUGUUGAAUUCCUUUCUCUGCUGGUUUCAGUGCUUCUCUAGAUGAUGCAGGACACGUGUACUAGUAGUGCCUUUAGGGUAAGAGGUAAGUGGUCAUCGUCUCUAUUUUCGAGGGUCAUGGGAAUUUCUGUAACUUGGUUUUCUGUCAGUAGAAGUUCACAGGCAGUGGGGCACUGUGGGUAGGCACAGGUCCUUCUCAGUGCUUGUCUUUGUUGCUUCACAAACUCUGUUUUCAGGGGAGGCAUCCACGGCAGACACGGGAAGUUCAGUUAUGACAGUGCUAUGGUAACUCCUUCUGAGGACUCUGAAGGGUGAGAUAUUUGUCACCUCACUUGCAUUCACUGUAUAUUCACUCACUCCUGAGGGACGAGUCCACCGUGGUGUACAGCCAUGUCCCCUGUAGAACACAGAGGAAGAGUCUCUCUGAAAAGUCCAUGAGAAAUUGUAGUAAACACAAUGCCAUUGAACCUAUGAGGAUAUUUCCCUAAAAUUUGAGCACAUCAAUCUAGUAAGUCUACAUGGAAAGUCAGUAAAAAUAUUUGACCUUCCUUUUAAAAAUAAAACACAAAUUCUAAGGGUCGAGCUUGCAAAGAAAAGAGAAGAUUCCAUACUUGCAGAUAGGGGCGGUGGCCAACUUCUGUUCCCUUCCCCUCAGUGUCCUAUCCCAAACACAGGCCUGAUGUCUGUGAAGGGUGCAGCCUCUGGAAGAUGUGAAAGGCCAAGGCUGCCUCAGCAGCAGGAUGGCUGUGAGGACGCCGUAUCUCUUGACACGUGUUUGGAGGGGUGGAGCACAUCUCUGAAACAUACUUGGGCUGUGGUAACCAUUGAGAUGAGUCAGUCUGAAACUACCCUCAAGCUUUUAAAAUAUGUUCUGUUGGCUGUUGAAUCUAAGAACCUUUGGAAAUAAUGGUGGACUGUAGUCAUGGAGGGAACAGUUCCCCAGAUUGUCUGUUCCAUGUAACUAGAAAAGUUAUUUGAUUAAGCCUUCAUCUCCUCACUGGAAAUUAUUGUAAAUAUCUCUGUUCAACAAGUCUUUCUUUGUUAAGCAAAUUAAGUUCAUUUGAAGAUGGGUCCUUUCAGCCAUGGUUCCCUUUCACAAUUUUGUACAUUACCUGGUCAGUGCAAAUUGACCUAAGCACUUCAUAGACUAAAGGCUUAAAUAUCAAAACCUCGGUUGUAUCAAAACAUUAUUUCCUCUGAACCACAGUUUAAAUUUAAGGUUUUCCUUCUCUGGGCAUGGUAGUGCGGGUCUCCCAGUUCCAGCACUCUGGAAGCUGUAUAUAGCAGGAGGACUGUGAAUUCAAGGCAAACCUGGGCUAUAGAGACCCUGUUUGAAAAAGGAUUCUUUUUACUUUUUAAAGCAGUCAGUAAUGAAGUCUGAGGGUAUUUUCCUCCUCCCGUGUGAGCAGAAUUAAGAUGUUGCUGCCUCUCUUCUUGUAUUUCGUUGCCGUACCUAUGAUCUCAUGCUCACUUUGUGUCUAGACAGUUCUACAUCCCUGGUUCUCAGGGGAGGAGGCGAAGAGGAGGAAAUAGGUGAGAUUUGCAGACUUCGAUGUACUUUCUCAAGGAAAGAAACUACAAUGUCAUUUUACUUGCCCUCUGUUUACAUAUCUGUUCUUUUUGAAUCAGUAAAUAUUUUUCCUAGUAGUUUCCACCUUUCAUGGCAGAACUCCACAGAAGGCAGCUCUUGCACAGUUCUUCUCAAAUAAGUGUUCUUUGUAACAUCUUCCUUCCAGAUUUCUCUUUUACUAUAGAAGAGAAUCUGUUAGAAAUUACUAUGAAAGGCACUCUGUAUCGAUUUUUAAAAAUCUGUCACAAAAAAAAAUAAUUAUUUUUUAGAAAUAGUGACAGGGCUCAAACUGCAGCUCUGUGUGUGUUUUAUGUUGGGGUGUUCUUGUUUUCAACAAAGUGGUCUUUUUUGCAGGCACUCCCUUUGCUAGAAGAAAAUAAAGCUUAAGUUUUUAGUGUUUUUCAGACUGACUUAAUUCAUAUCUCUAUCAGGCGUCCUCACUCUCUGCCAGGGCACAGUAAGAGACAGCUGGAGUGAGUCGGGCAGGCACUGGCUCUAGAGCAACAGGGAGAAGCAGAAGCAGAUCCUGGUUUUAACCAUCACACACCGUCAUAGUUCACACAGCACAUGUCCUCCCUUUUGAGAGAGGAUAGGAGAAAAGUAGUUGAAGCAUCAAGAAUGUGGAGAAUCUGUGUGUCUUUGGGUGAAAACUCCCUGCUCUGCAGCGAUUGGUCUCAGGUGCACCUGGUGAGGGAGCCAGCUUUCCAGAUUCCAUCUCGGCAUAGCGCAACCUGUAGAGGAGAACUCCGCCACCAGUUGGCCCAUUACUGCUGAUUUCUGCAGAAGGUAAUGGUCUGCAUAGCUGCUUAGGGAUUAGAAACUGAGUUCCUGUUCUGUUGCUCUCAAGGUGAUGGGGGUGAGAAUUUGCUCCAAAGCCUGCUGGAAGUCCUUAUAACUCUUGGUCCCUCGGCUCUCUCUUGCUACAUAGCCCUUCAGUCCUGACUUUUGAACUUACAGAGUAUGGUCCCAGGCCUAGUGUGCUUUAAGCUCUAUUAAUCCUGCCUUUCCUUUACAGUUAUAGCUGUGUAUGUAUAUGUGUAUCUGUGUGUGUACUGGAUUUUUGUUUUGCUUUUCAAAGCAGGUUUUUCUGUGUAGCCAUGGUUGUCCUGAAACUCACUCUGUAGACCAGGCUGGCCUCAAACUCACAGAGAUCCUCCUGCCUCUGCCUCCCAAGUGUUGGGAUUAAAGGCUCAUGCCACCACUGCCCAGCUGGACUUUGUUUUUUGGCUUUUAUUUCUUGGCCUAAAGUAUCUUACAUUUUCUUUUGCUGCACAAAUUACUUUUAGUGUUUUCACUUGACACUGAGUAAUCGGUGGUGUGCUGUGUAUCAAAGUUUUUAACUUUUGCUUCAUUUAAAUAGUGUGAUUUCAUACAUACCUUCCUUGAUUUCUUGUCAUGUAACUAUUUUGUAAGUAACUGGAAUUUCUCAUUAGAUCUUAGAGCAGUAUUUUAUUAAAUAUUCCAAAGGGAAGACUUUCUUGCGCUCAUUUUGUAAUUUUUAUUUUAAAUAUCUUUACAUUGUCUGUCUAUUGCAUUUAAAGUUUUUAAACUUACAUGGAAUGGACUCCAAAUGUAUUUUUAUGUUGUACAUUUGUAAAUUCAUAGCACGAAAUUGCCUCAAAAUGUUAUGAAAAGGGAUUUUGACAUUCAAAAGUUACUGACGGUCUGGACAUCUGUAUGUGUCAAAUGCGUGCGCUGUGAUUUUGAUUAAAGAUGAAAUGACGGCA